UUGGCAGGCAGCUGUUCGCGAGGUUCAUCUUUCUUUACUUCUAACUAAAUUUGGCUUGUGGCAAUUUUAAUUUUGUUACAGCUAAAUCAAAGUCUUAAGUUAUCAAUCUGCCACGCAUCUAGCUACUAGCUCCUUGAAUCUGUUGUUUAAUUUCCCUAAAAUUGCACUUUAACCAAGCAUUGCUCAGAUGGGCGUGUGCCUGAGCAAAGGCAAACGGCCGGCGGCGGGAACAGAAGCCACUGAUAAGUUAAGUUCUUCGGCCCUUCUUGGCGGUGCCGUCCUCGGCAAGCCAUUUGAGGACGUGAGGUCCGUUUACGCCCUCGGCAAGGAGCUCGGCCGUGGCCAGUUCGGCGUGACCUAUCUCUGCACCGACAAGGUGACCGGCGCGAAGUACGCAUGCAAGUCCAUCUCCAAAAGGAAGUUGGCCAACGAAAGCGAGCGGGAGGACGUCCGGAGGGAGAUCCAAAUCAUGCAGCACCUCACCGGUCAGGCCAACGUAGUCGAGUUCAAGGGGGCUUACGAGGACAAGAGCUCGGUGAACUUGAUCAUGGAGCUGUGCGCCGGAGGAGAGCUGUUCGACCGGAUCAUCGCCAAGGGGCACUACUCGGAGCGGGCGGCGGCGGCCAUGUGCAGGGCGAUAGUGAACGUGGUGAACAUCUGCCAUUUCAUGGGGGUGAUGCAUCGCGAUCUUAAGCCCGAAAACUUCCUGCUCGCUUCCAUGGACGAGGGAGCCAUGCUCAAGGCCACUGAUUUCGGACUCUCUGUUUUCAUCGAGGAAGGCAAAGUGUAUAGAGAUAUAGUUGGAAGUGCCUACUACAUUGCUCCUGAAGUCUUACGGCAACGUUACGGGAAGGAGAUAGAUAUUUGGAGUGCAGGCGUUAUUUUGUAUAUUCUUCUCUGUGGCGUACCUCCUUUUUGGGCUGGUAAUUCAUUAAGCUUGCAUCUAUUUGUUUCAUGCAUCUCUUUAAUUAAUUUCUCCAUAGAUACUGAAAGAGGAAUCUUUGAUGCUAUCAUCGAGGGAGAGAUCGAUUUCGAGAGUCCACCGUGGCCAUCUAUAUCGAACAGUGCCAAAGACUUAAUCAAGAAGAUGCUGACGCAGGAUCCAAAGAAAAGAAUCACUUCUGCUCAAGUUCUCCAGCACCCGUGGCUCAAGGAAGGCGGAGAGGCAUCAGACAAACCCAUAGACAGCGCAGUGCUGUCAAGGAUGAAGCAGUUCCGUGCCAUGAACAGGCUUAAGAAGAUGGCUCUGAAGGUUAUAGCUGAGAGCCUUUCAGAAGAAGAAAUCAAAGGGCUGAAGCAGAUGUUCGCCAACAUGGACACAGACAACAGUGGGACGAUCACGUACGAGGAACUGAAGACGGGAUUGGCUCGCCUCGGGUCGAAGCUCUCAGAGACUGAAAUCAAGCAACUGAUGGAUGCAGCUGAUGUGGAUGGAAAUGGGACGAUCGACUAUAUCGAGUUCAUAACGGCCACAAUGCAUCGGCAUAGACUAGAAAGGGAGGAGCACUUGUAUAAAGCUUUUCGAUAUUUCGAUAAGGACGACAGUGGGUUUAUUACGAGAGAUGAACUUGAGACAGCCAUGAUAGAGCAUGGAAUGGGCGACUUGGAGACUAUCAAAGAGACCAUAUCGGAAGUCGAUAAAGAUAAUGAUGGGAGGAUCAACUACGAGGAAUUUUGUUCAAUGAUGCGAAGUGGUGCGCAGCAGCCAUUGAAGCUGGUGUAGUUUGCUAAUUGGUUCAUCUUGCUAGCCAUUUGGGUUAGUCCUACCUUCUGAAGAAGGCAAACUUUAUCGUCGUGUGGUCUCACAGGCAUA